CCGAAGUUUGACAUUAGCUCCCGAGAUUGAAUCAGAAAACAUUGCGUGGUGCUUUUGCUUGGUGGUGCAAAAACAAAAACCAUUUUUCGUAGUAAAACUCCGGAAAACUCGUGAAAAUGUCGCGAUCUCGGUCCACUUUUCUCGAGGCGGAUUCAUCGCUGAUGGAUAGGAACUUGCGAUUCGUACGGGACGAGACGGAGGAACAGUUCAACAGCAUGUUUGGACCGAUUGUGGAACAAGCCCAGGACAUCAGCAGCGGGCGAUCCAAAGUUGUGAAGCCCACGCCAGGAUUCUGCAUCAAGGCAUUUCGGAAAGACACUCGGAACAAGUUUUUCAUAAACGUUUGCCAAACUGACGGUAUUCCGGCACCGGAAGACAUCACCGAGGAUCAACUGAUGGCCAUUUUGAAUGACGGCACACCGAGUUCCUUUAAAAUUCCCAUGAGCAUUACCCAGCCCCGCUUCAUGAAGGACCACCUAGACAAACAAUGUCAAGUUUGUGACAUUGCGGUCAAUUCGACGUUCUUUAAGAAAAUUGAAUCAGGUGGAUUGAUGCGCGACUUCCUAAUUACGAUUGUCUUGGAGGGGAUCGAUUCUAAGUAUAACAUCGCGCUCGAUGAGACAGAUUGGCGGGUGCUUAAGAACAAAAAGUUCGUUGACAAACUAACCGCCCACAACAUCCAAAACCGAGAUGUUAAAACGGUCCUGGAAAGCUACAAAUAUCCGACGGAAAGCGAUUUGAGCAAAAUAAAGGAACUGGAAACACCGCAGCUGGGUAUUGAUAAGCCUAAAAAGAAACUAAUUGAAGAGAUUGAUCCGGUGACAAUUAAAACAAUGAAAGACGUCAAAAAUAAGCUAUCCGGCAAGGAUGAGUACGUGCCGGAUCCGACAAAGGUUGCCAUCUCGCAAGCUGCUUCCAAGAAACCUGAUUGUCGAUUGUUCCGUGAGCCUGCAAGUGGUAGAGUGAAGACACUGAUUGGAGAGUUCUACUUGCCGGAAUGCACUUCGGCGAAAGAAAUCACCUUGGAUAUUGGCGAGGAUCGAAUCCUGCUGGAAGCCAGAAAGAAAGGCUACCUGUUGGAUGCAUUUGUGGAUUACCAAAUUGAUGGGUCCCGCAUAAGUGCCCAGUUCAAUACCAAAACAAAGAUGCUCAAUGUAAUCAUGCCAGUUAUCAACCAGCGCGCUUGAGGCGUCUGCAAUACUUAUCCGACAUUUCCCUUGAUCAAAAUGAUGAGGUAAGAAAUAAUCAUUAAGUUUUAAUAUUUUGAAGCAAACGUUAAUCGAGGUAGAGGAAAAGAAAGCCUGUAACAAAAUGGAUUUUCUCAAUCAGGUUAUUGAAUAGAAUAAA